AUGUUGAAAGCCUUAUCAUCUUCGUGUCUGCGACUUCGAUUCCACUCCACACCUUCCUCUUUACCUUCCCAUCUCCGCCAUGGGACUGACUCCAACUCGCCAUUGCUCCGAGUUUUGGACUCACUCAGAGGCUCCAAUCGCCGGAACCCUAAUUUCUGUCAGAGGUUGUUUUUCUGUUCCGAUUCGACUGAUGGGUCUGAGCCAGUCGAGCCCGAGACUGAGGCGAAGCGGCCUGAAGUCGAAGAAGCCGAAGCAAAAUCUUCCUCGGCCAUUGUCCCAACCGUGUUCAGACCCGAAGAUUAUCUCACGGUUUUGGCGUUGCCACUGCCUCAUAGACCGUUAUUUCCAGGAUUCUACAUGCCAAUAUAUGUGAAGGAUCCUAAAUUACUAGCAGCUUUAGUGGAAAGUCGAAAAAGACAGGCCCCAUAUGCUGGGGCUUUCCUUCUCAAGGAUGAGCCAGGGACUGAUCCUAGUGUGGCUUCUGGUUCAGAUACAGACAAAAACAUAUAUGAGCUCAAAGGAAAAGAGUUGUUUAACCGCCUUAAUGAAGUUGGUACAUUGGCCCAGAUUACAAGUAUCCAAGGAGACCAGGUAGUCCUUAUUGGUCAUAGACGACUUCGAAUAACGGAGGUGGUCAGUGAGGAUCCUCUUACAGUCAAAGUAGAUCAUCUCAAGGAUAAACCAUAUAAUAAAGAUGAUGAUGUUAUAAAGGCCACAUCAUUUGAGGUUAUAUCAACCCUGAGGGAUGUCUUGAAGACAAGUUCGCUUUGGAGAGAUCAUGUUCAAACUUAUACUCAGCACAUAGGUGAUUUCAAUUAUUCAAGAUUAGCAGAUUUUGGAGCAGCAAUAUCUGGUGCAAACAAAUUGCAGUGCCAGCAAGUGCUUGAAGAGUUAGAUGUCUAUAAACGGUUAAAACUUACUCUGGAAUUAGUGAAGAAAGAAAUGGAGAUCAGUAAGAUUCAGGAAUCUAUAGCAAAAGCAAUUGAAGAAAAAAUAAGUGGUGAGCAGCGCCGGUACUUGUUGAAUGAGCAGCUUAAGGCCAUAAAGAAGGAACUGGGGCUGGAGACUGAUGACAAAACAGCACUUUCUGCAAAGUUUAGGGAAAGGAUUGAGCCAAAUAAGGACAGAUGCCCACCUCAUGUAUUGCAAGUUAUAGAAGAAGAACUGACAAAACUUCAGCUGUUAGAGGCCAGUUCAAGUGAAUUUAACGUGACACGUAAUUAUCUUGAUUGGCUGACCGCAUUGCCUUGGGGUAAUUACAGCGAUGAGAACUUUGAUGUCCUUCGGGCACAAAAAAUUCUCGAUGAAGACCAUUAUGGAUUAACUGACAUCAAGGAAAGGAUAUUAGAAUUCAUAGCCGUGGGAAAGCUCCGAGGAACUUCACAAGGAAAAAUCAUCUGUCUCUCUGGCCCUCCUGGUGUGGGCAAAACUAGCAUUGGUCGCUCUAUUGCACGUGCUUUGAACCGUAAGUUCUACCGAUUUUCUGUAGGAGGAUUGUCUGAUGUUGCUGAAAUCAAGGGGCAUCGUCGAACCUAUAUUGGUGCAAUGCCAGGAAAGAUGGUUCAAUGCCUGAAAAAUGUGGGAACGGCUAACCCUCUUGUCCUGAUUGAUGAGAUUGACAAGUUGGGAAGAGGACAUGCAGGUGAUCCGGCAAGUGCUAUGUUGGAACUCCUUGAUCCAGAGCAAAAUGCAAAUUUUCUAGAUCACUAUCUUGAUGUUCCAAUAGACUUAUCCAAGGUUCUGUUUGUAUGUACAGCAAAUGUUGUAGAAAUGAUUCCCAAUCCUCUCUUGGACAGAAUGGAGGUUGUUGCCCUUGCUGGGUAUAUCACUGAUGAGAAAAUGCACAUUGCCAGAGAUUAUUUGGAGAAAACUACUCGUGAAGCUUGUGGCAUUAAGCCUGAACAGGUUGAAGUGACUGAUGCUGCUCUCCUUGCUUUGAUAGAAAAUUACUGCCGAGAAGCAGGUGUUCGAAAUCUUCAGAAGCACAUUGAGAAGAUUUAUCGCAAGAUUGCUCUGCGACUUGUCCGAAAAGGAGCAUCAAGUGAACUUCCAGCUGCUGGAGAUCAUGUUGUGGGACCUAAUGAAGUGAAAGAAGAAUCGGUCGGUGAAUCAGCUGAAACAGUGGUUGAAGCAGAGACUGAGGUUGUAUCUGAACCAGUGGACAGUGGCAGUAAUGACAUGGCCUCUGAAAUCUCAAUUGAAAUAGACACUACACAGAAGGAUCACUCAGUUGACGAAAAGCAACACCUCACUAAUCAGCCUACUGAUUCAAAGGUCAAUGUAGAAACUGAUAAAAAAGAGGAAAGUGAGGCAAGUAAGGAAGUUGAGAAAGUGUUGGUUGACACAGCGAACCUGUCUGAUUUUGUUGGCAAACCUGUUUUCCAUGCUGAACGCAUAUACGAACACACACCAGCUGGAGUUGUGAUGGGUCUUGCUUGGACUGCUCUGGGUGGUUCCACCCUUUAUAUUGAAACCACUCUGAUUGAGCAAGCGGAAGGGAAGGGGGCUUUGCAUCUCACUGGACAACUUGGAGAUGUGAUGAAAGAAAGUGCCCAGAUUGCUCACACAGUUGCGAGAGCAAUAUUGCUUGAGAAAGAGCCAGAGAAUACUUUCUUUGCCAAUUCAAAGCUUCAUCUUCAUGUUCCUGCAGGGGCCACUCCUAAAGAUGGGCCUAGUGCUGGUUGCACCAUGAUUACAUCCUUGCUAUCUUUUGCCAUGAAGAAGCCUGUCAGGAAGGACCUAGCAAUGACUGGGGAAGUAACGCUAACUGGGAAAAUCCUUCCAAUUGGUGGGGUUAAGGAGAAAACUAUAGCGGCGAGGCGCAAUGAUGUGAAGACCAUCAUAUUUCCUUCAGCUAACAAAAGAGAUUUUGAUGAGCUUGCACCUAAUGUGAAGGAAGGACUUGAGGUCCACUUUGUAGAUGACUUCAAUCAAAUAUUUGAUUUAGCUUUUGCAGAUUAGCAGCAUACAGAGAGGUAAGCCACUUUUGACCAACUGUUCUUGUGAGGUCUCCAAUUUUCUCGGUCUAGGUGUCUGGUACAUGACCCACGCUAUGAACCAAGCAGUUAGCCAGCCUCAGUUUUUUGUCCAAAAUAUUAUUUUUGAAGCAGAGUAGGUACGAGGGUCAUAUUUAUUGAUUUUUUUUUAUAUUUUUUAAUCCAUGUGACUUCAAUAUCACCCAUUUGUAUCAAUUAUAAUGUUAUUAUUGUUUGAGGUGAUUCUCAAAUGGUGUCAACUAAAGAUGAAAAUAAGAAAGAAAAAUUACAGAUUAGCAAAUUGAGAUUUUGUUCAUACUUGUGAUUCAGUAAGCUUCUCAGACUAAAAUGAUGAUGAUAUUUUGAUUUUUGGGAAAGUAAUUGUUCUUAUAGGCUUUUUCUUAUAUAGAAAUUUUAAAGAGUUCUGCAGAUUUGAAAAACGA